GCAGCCAGCUGUAUACGUCAUCAGUUCUAGAUCGUGCUAUAGGAGCGCGCGGCGAGGAGCGGCUUCAUUAUUUAAUAUAAUAAGAGUGAGGGUUAAUAUUUAAUACAGAGAUUUAAAGGUUGCCGGAUCGAUCUGACUGAGUGAGUGUGCUGAGUUUCUGCAGGUGAGUGUGGUGCAGGUGGAGAUGGGGCUGCAGGUGUGUGUUGUGUUUUUGUGCGGUUUGUUGUCGUUGAACGUGUUUGUCCAUGGAGCCAGACAGAGCCAGGACAUCAAGUGUGGAGCCUGCAGAGCGCUGGUGGAUGAAAUGGAAUGGGCUAUAUCUCAAAUAGAUCCGAAGAAAAUGAUCCAGACCGGCUCGUUUAGGAUAAAUCCUGAUGGAAGCCAGUCCAUAAAAGAGGUUCCUUUGGCCCGCUCUGAGGGGAAUCUUCUGGAACUGAUGGAGGAGGUGUGUGAAAGGAUGAAAGAUUACGGGGAACGUGUUGAUCCUGCCACUCAAAGGAAGACCUACUUGAGACAUACGUCACGUGACGGAACCUCCAUGGACCUCUCAGAUGUGACCUUAGACUCUAGAGUCAGCGCCAGUUUAAAGUUUGCUUGCGAGACGAUUGUUGAGCGUAACGAGGACGAAAUUAUUGAAUUCUUCUCUCAUGAGACCGACAAUGUUAAAGACAGACUCUGCAGCCAGAGAACAGAUCUUUGUGACCACGCACUGAAAAUACCUCAUGAUGAACUAUGACAUGACCACAGCUCUUCCUGAUCCCCCAAACAGCUGUACAUCCAUCCUCUCACUCCGAGUACACUUGAAUUUGUGAUGUAGUGUCUUUAUCCAGCGGCCAGAGAUUAGAAUUAUUUAAUCUUUGAAUAUGGAUGAAAUUUUGAAGUAUUAAUAUUGAAUAUUAUUUGAAGAUCAUUCUUUCACACAUGCAAUAAUGUGAAUGUUUGUGGUCCGCUGUGCAUUAGCCUUGGUGAAAGCCUUAGGUGCUAUGAACACACAGCUCCGGCUGAGUGUUUAAAGUGUUAUUACAAUUUGAAUAUGUGAAAUGAAAUCCUGUUUCUGAAAACUGCCUCAAGUGUUAUUAGUUAACCUCUACACUUGUUUUGUGUUUUAGUAAACCCCCAACUGAAAUCUGUUCAGUAUUUCUUUCCCUUUAAACUGAUUUCUGUUGAUCAAUUAUUAUAGAUGGCCUUCUGUUUUCCGUAGCUUUGUUUCUUCUUAUUUAAAGUCAUAUUUCCUUUUCUGUAAUACUUCAUGAUUUCUACCUAGAGAUCCAACUUUAAAUAUGAUUUAACGGUUUAAUCUGUACUUUUCUACAUUUUGUUUGGCACUUAUUUCUUGAUUAACUUAAACAGAGUUUCUUAUUUCCACGGAAUGCAAACCGUUUGUGCCCUUUUUGAUAAAUAAACUAUACACUUUGUCUACACUGACUGUACAUCUGAUUUAGAUUUGAAUAAAGGAGACAUUCCACAAUUAUGGGAUUGCCUAAUGGUCAUCCAACAUACUGA